GGUGUCACCGCCAUGCAAUGGCAUGAGCGUUUAGUAGCGGAGCAACAGUCGACACGGAUCAACGCGAGCGAUGGACGCUACGACCGAGCAGACGACGGUAGCGCGGAUAGAGGAGAAGGAGGAGGAGGAGGAGGACACUACCGACAGGACGGCGGCCGAUUCCUCGCCGAGCAUCUGCUCGUCGACGCGCUCCUCGAACUCGUGCACGAACAGUGAGUGCCGGAAAUCGUCGGUGUACGUGUACGGGGGUGGUACCGGCGAAGGUGGCGGUGGCGGUGCCGGUGGCAACGGAGGUCCCUUUACCAUCACCCUCAAGCACUACGAUUCGCUGGUGAGUGAGGUCAAGUGUCCGGGAUGUGCGGAACCGAUGGACGGGGCGAUUAGUCUGUGCGCGACCGGCCACAGUCUGUGUGAUGGCUGCCGCCACAAGUGCGCCCAGUGUCCGCUGUGUGGCGCUCGGUUUACCGAGCUACGCAACUACACGCUCGAGGCGAUCGCCUCGAAAGUGCAGUUCCCGUGCCGGAAUGCAGCGCGCGGUUGCACCGUCCGGCUACCGUUGCAGCUGCUCCGGUGGCACCGGGAACGCUGCGGUUACAAGCUGAUCGAGUGCUUCAUGGGAAAGGUAUGGGAUGGGUGUAGCUGGCAGGGUUGCGAGCGGACCUGGUUGGCGCACUGUGUCGCGGCCCAUCCGGAGCAGGUGUACGAUGCGGCGCAGCUCGAGCUACGGUGGGAUUACGGGGCGGAGGUGGCGGCCCCCGGCACUGGUACCGGCACUGCACCGCGCACCACCCAGCUACAGCUCGUCGUCGCCUACUACCUGGCCCGGGCACACGGCGAAGCGUUCAAUCUGUACCAGGUGUUCGAUCCGGACAGCCGGACCGUCCUGUGGACGGUGAUCUGUGCCACCAAGGAACCGAAGGUGAGCGCCCGGUUCGCGUUCGAGCUCGAGCUCUACUCGACCGUUGACAGCUGGAAGCUGCUAGUGCAGCGAUUCCCCUGCCACUCCGAACUCGAUCCGGACUUCCUCAAGGAUGGACACUGCGCCAAGAUACCGCUCGGUGAAGCGAUCCGCUACAUGGCACCUGAUAAGGUCCUGUACUAUCGGGUCCGCAUCCUGGAGGUGGGACCAUCGCGCUGCCAGAGCCUGGCAACGAUCAGCAGCAGUACUCCGGGCGCACAGCCACUGCCAGCCGCCGACUACAGCUGCACCAGUAUCGAGCACGUCAACCUGAAGGCGGUACCGGCGGACAACAUUAUCAUCCGGAAGCAGGCAGCAGUAGCACCACCAUCAACGGAGACCAACACCAGCGAUCAUCAUCACUACAAUGAGGAUGACGACGUGUUUCUGCCGGCGCACGAGGAGAAGGAGAAGGAGGAAAAGGAGCAGGAAUCGCGGCUGUACCGCUGGGGCUCGUCCGGUGAUGUGCCGGCGACCGGCGGCACUCCACCGGAGAAACCAGCGCGCGUUACCUUCGAUCAACUGCAACAGAAUGCACUCCACCAUCACCAGCAACAGCAGCAGCAACAGCACCAGCUGGUCCGGGCACGGCUCGUGGACCAGGAGCAACCGGCACGGGUACGCCUGGUGGAGGCCUCCUCGGCCACGAAUGGCCGGGCGCGAUCCGCCGAGCAGCCGAGGAUGAGCAACGGUUCGUGCGACAGUCUCGUCAACCGACAACCGGGCAGCACCACCAGCAAACCGGCGACCGGUCUGUCACGGUUCUACAACGUCACCAUGUACAAGGCGGCCAAGUACCUCGAGAAGAAGAGCCAGCAUCGGCCAGUGUCGUAGGGCAACACCCUUAACCAACAACAAUUCAAUUUCAACUUGAGAACUAAGUCCAACCACCAUUCAACCACCUGUUGUCCUGCUCCUGGGGGGGCGCAUAUUUUGUGACAAUAAAAUGGCGGCUAUCGCCUAGGCCUAGUAUCUAGAAACAGGGCUGCCAGAUGUAUCAGUAUCACGCACACACGAACACACACAUUCUCCGUGUGUUUCAGUUAUCAAAAGGUCGCGCGUUGUCAUCGUUUCGUUUGUAGUAUUCAUUCGCCAGAUUGCCAGAGAAACUCACGCAGUCACGAUUCUAUAUGGCUCCACCCAAACACAGGUCAUAAAGUGGAAC